GCAGGCGAAAAAUAUAUCUCUUCGCAUAAAAUUUGAUGUAUGCUUUUGUCAUUGUCAUCCUUGGCACUUUUAUAUUUGCUGAGGCUAUAGAAAUGUUCUGAAAGAAUGUAAUUUGCACUAUAGUCUUUCAGUAUUUUUAAUAGUGAUAGGUUGACACGAAAGCACACUAUGUACGGCAAACUAUCUCUACCCGAGCUGAUCAUCUAUGCGUCGGUCGCGUUGAUAUUGGCUUUGUGGUUUCACUGGAGAUGGAAGCAUCGAUAUUUUUUGGAUUUAGCGGAAAAACUUCCAGGACCUCCGUGUUAUCCACUAAUCGGGACCACUUCCAUGUACACUUCCACUUACGACGAGACGAUAGCAAAACUCAAAGAGAACGCCGAAAAGUACAAUUACGAGCCAGUAGGAACGUGGAUAGGACCUAUCCAUUACGUAAGCGUUGUCAAACCGGAGGAUAUACAAAUCGUAUUGAAUAAUUCCCGAGCACUGGAAAAAGGUCAACUGUACUCGUUCCUGAAAAGUUUGCUCGGCGAAGGCUUGUUAACCGCUUCAGUGGACAGAUGGCGAAAGCACCGUCGCAUCAUAUCGUAUGCUUUCAACGUAAAGUUCUUAGAGCAGUUGUAUCCGGUUUUCAAUGAGAAAAAUAAAAUACUCAUAAAAAAUCUCCGAAAAAAUAUAAACUCAACACAACCGUUCGACCUCUGGGAUUAUAUUAUAUCGACUACAUUCGAUACUAUAUGCCAAACUGCAAUGGAUUACCGUAUAAACGAAAAACAUAAUAAAACCGAAUUUUUAGACCUCAUGACAACGAUCGCAGACCAACUCGUGAAGACCGUCAACAAACCAUACCUGUACCCGAGCUUGUUCUUCUCGAUCUACAAGUCCAUGAGCGGUCUCGGCGAAAAAUUGGAAUUGAUCAACAAACUACCGUUGCAACUGAUCAACGAAAAGAGAAUCGACUUUCGUUUGAAAAUAGCCGAGCCUGAGUCGAAUCCCGCAGAGUUCACGAAUGAAAAAAAAACCAAAUUCAAAACGUUUAUUGACACACUGUUGGAGGCCAGAGAAAACGAUCCCGAUUUUACGAACGCUGACGUCCGGGACGAAGUCAUAACAAUGAUGUUCGCGGGCAGUGACACAAACGCUACCACCGAAUGUUUCUGUCUCCUGUUGCUGGCCAUCCAUCAAGACAUUCAGGACGAAGUGUACGACGAGAUUUACAACGUGUUGGGCGACAGUGACCGCGAUUUGACUCCCGAAGACACUGCUAACUUUCCGUACUUGGAACAGGUGAUCAAGGAAACCCUAAGGAUGUAUCCAACUAUAUCGGUAUUCACGAGACAGCUGAUGGAAGACAUCAAAGUCACAAAUUACGUCUUGCCGAGGGGCGCCAGCGUCACGAUAUCGCCGAUUGUCACGCACCACUGCCCGCACCUGUACCCAAACCCCGAGGCCUUCAACCCGGACAACUUCAGCGUGGUGAACGUGGCCAAACGGCACAAGUACAGUUACAUAGCGUUCAGCGGCGGCCCGAGGGGAUGCAUUGGUAUGAAGUACGCCAUGAUAUCGAUGAAGCUCAUGAUCUCCGAAAUCUUACGCAACUUUAGCGUGCACACGGACAUAAAAUUGUCGGACAUCCGGAUAAAAAUGAACGAUGCAUUCACACGGAAGGUCGGCGGAUAUCCGAUCACCGUCCAGUCGAGAGACAGGAGGCCGUCAUACGUGCGCUCCAACACCCAUGUCGCAUGAACACCCGUGGUGGAGAUCGCCACCUGCUGCAGCUGAAUAAAAUAAUAAUGAUAAUGAUGAUAAUAAUAUAUUACGAAAUCCGCACGCAAUCGAAUCGAUUAUUUGAUUGCUUUCCGCUGAACUUGCCAAUACAAAUAAUUCGUCGUGACCUCUACCGCCUUCUUUAAAAGUGUUGACCACACGCGUGUCUGACUCACCUAAACGAAAUUAGAUACCUAUAUAUUACGUACUUAUAAGUAUCGCUGUCCAACGAUAUUUGUUUCUUCAAUAACAGCAACUAUAAUAAUAAUAAAAAUCGUAGCGGGACUCGAGAGUGAUUCAUACACCGAACUAUAAGUUUUUUAAAAUAUGUAAUAAA